GAAAAUAUGUAUAAGUGAUGACAAAGAAGCAGACGUUAUAAGAUAUUGAAUACACCUGUAACAGUAACUCAAUAGGCUGACAGUGGAUCUCUAAUAGUUUGUGUUAGCGUUUACAUUAACUGUAGAUUUACCAUGUAACUAGUGCGGCGACCACGAACGACCGAAUGCGCAACAGCAACAACGGGUACGGCAAGUAACAGCAUAUAUGUAACCGCAUGUCCAACGAUAGGUGCUGCCGUAUCGGAUGUCUCUGAGGACAAUGUAGCGGUGUUUUCAAUGACAAUGCGUGGCAAGGAGCAGCUUCUGUACAUGGGCCAGCCGUUUGUGUUCGAAAAGCUCGUCCUUACGCCAGCAGGCCAGUCGAAAAAGAUCUGGCGUUGCAAUCAGUGGUGGAACCAGAAGUGUCGGGCGCGAGUAUAUACGAUCGAGGGUCAGAUAACUCCGUUAAAUCGCUUCCAUACGCACAGGGAGAUUGUGAAGCGGAAGCAGCGCGUGGUCAAACGAAAAAAUGCUGAUGGCGUUGCUAGUCAGGUGAAAACUUUACAGGUGCCGUUGACGACAACAAACACAACCAUCGUAAUUUCGAACAGCAGCAGCACCCUGGUCGAGGGUCAAAGUUUAAAGGAACAGCGGGGUUUGAAAAAGAUUGAUCUGUCACGUUAUUAAUGACAUGCGGUUUUUUUAAAUAAAAUUUUAUCA